AUGAAGGUUACUGACAGAUGCUUUGUUAGUGCCAUGAAUCUGUCUCAAAAACGUGUUGAGAUGUUCUCGCUUUUGACAUUAAAUUUCCAUGCAAGACUCAAAAAUAAAUCUUUUAAAAUAGGCAACAGACAAACAAACACCAGCAAACCUGUGGACCAGUCAUUUAGAAUUAUGCAAAUCAAAACCACUCAUCAUCUUCCGAAACCAGUGUUUGAUUAA